UUCUUAUCCAGUGAGGAAAACCUCACGGUAUUUCUCUUAUAACGCCACUUCACUAAAACCCUAAAUCACUGUUCCACCACAAUCAUCCCCUUCUCUAUUCGCGAUGUCUCGUCGAGAGCGCGGUUCUGACUCUAGGCGACACCGUUCUGGCUUCGACAGAGAACCCAGUCCUAAGAGGUCAAGGAGAGAUGGAAAACCAGAGACAGAGAGAGUAACAAUUGACUCUAAUUUAGAUCAAAAGAACCGGCGCCGGUUGCAAGAUGCAUUGCCUCUUGAGACCCCGUCUGGUCCGGAUUCUGCCAAGGUGGAGUCUGGUGGUGUGAGCAAAGAAACAGACAAGAAACCAAAUGAACACGGUGAAGGAAGCAAGCAUUCUUCUAAGCCAACUGAAGUGCCUUGGUCUCGGUCCUUUUUUCAGCAUGAUGAACGUGGUAAUGCUGGGCAAGGUGGUCGAAGCUUGGGCCGGAGAUCUGCUACUGAGCGCCGAUUUAGGGAUUCAAAGGAUGAUCGGGGUGAAAGGACAGAAAACAAGGCAGCAACUUAUGAUUCGCGGCAAAGAGAUGAGAAGCCACGAGGUAAGGGGGAUGACAAAAGUGUAUGGGGCCAUGAUGGUUUCUUGAAAAUGGAGGCUGAGCCGCCACCACCUGUGCGGAAAAGACCUGCAUUUCAGGAGAAGAAAAUCCCAGCGGAGACUGACAAUCCUGACAAAGCAACUGUGGAACCUGCAAGGUCAAACCAUUCUCAUCGUCCUUUGUCGAUUAGUGAAAGGAGGGAGGAAAGAGACCGUAACCCUCGCUAUGUAGACAGACCCGAGAGGCCUGCUGCAGGAAAUAGAGAAGUGAAGAAGAGUGACCUUGCAUCAAGAGAAAGAUUUGGUGGUGAUGGUGGUGGAAAUUACAGGGGAAGAGAGAGAUUCAGCGACAGACAAAGUUAUCGCCCAAGUGGUACGCGAGGAGAGAAAUGGAAGCAUGAUUUGUUUGACGACGCUGAUAGGAGUCCAACCAAGAAGAACGAAGAGGAUCAAAUUGCAAAGAUUGAAGCACUCUUGGCAUCAUAGGAGGAGAGAGGAUGCUGUGAAGUUUUUGAUCUGCACAAUGCAGUGUGUUGUGUUUUUUAAGAUCAUGUUGAAAUUUUGUUGAUAUUCCCCCCCUUUCAAGACAUUUUGAGUGCAGAGUUUCUGGAUUGAAUUAAUUUCUCUUAUGAAUUCUAUUUAAUAGUGCAACAAACAGUUGACUUGGCCAA